AUGAAUGUUUUGUCAUUGAACAUUCGUGGGUUAGGGGUUUCAAGCAAAGCUGAUUGGAUUCGUGGUCUUCGGGUCCAUCAUGAGGUUAGUUUUAUUGUUUUACAAGAGACGCAAUAUGUUUCUAUGGAUUCGGUGGAUGUGGGGCGGUUCUGGGGUUAUGGUGACCAUUCUUUUGAUUGGGUUCCGUCGUCUGGAAGGUCGGGUGGGUUACUAUCGAUCUGGGAUUCUCAAGUCUUUACUAUGGAAAGGGUGGUCAAGAAUAAUAAUUGGCUUUUAGUGUCGGGAACUGUGAAAGGAAAGAGUAGUUUGUUUCAUUUUCUAAAUGUUUAUUCUCCUCAGAAUUUAGUCUCUAAACGAGCGCUUUGGAGGGAAAUUUGUAGCCUGAUCGGGGAGGGUAAUGGGAGGUGGAUUGUGGCAGGUGAUUUUAAUUCGGUUAGGUGUGCCGAGGAUAGGCGGAAUUCUGUGUUUAAUGUGGGCGAGGCUAAUGAGUUUAACGAUUUUAUUGAUGAAUCAAAUCUUCAUGAGUACUCCUUGAAAGGGAGGCGUUUUACGUUUGUUGCAGGGAAUAAAUUGAGCCGCAUUGACUGA